CACCACCACGCCGCCACCACCGCCCGCCAGCGGCGCGCGGGGCGGCACUGACCGCCGCGACGUCAGCCCGCCCGCGCGCCCCACACGAUCGAUCGCCGUCCGGCAUCUUGAAUCUUGACCACCGCAUCCCAUACUCUCUCAGAUGUAGUUCGCCAUGCACAUAACAUCGGGUCUGUCUCCUGCGUCCGGCGAGAUGCUGGAUACCUCCAUCAACUUCUACGGCGAAGCGGAGCACUGUACCUAUUUCGCCGUAGACCACGCCGUUCCCGAAUCCUCGCACACAGUCGAGAUCGAGUAUGUUUACGAACAAGAGGUUCACACUCAAGAUUCUAAUGGAUCUGAAGCAUCAAAAUCGAAAGCGGAGGAAAAGAAGAUUCGUGCGAAACACAAGCCCGAGAAGAUGGCGGUCGACGAAGAGCCAGAGACGGACUUGACGAAUCUAACAUGGCUGCAGAAUAUUACGAAUAUAAUGUCAGUACCCCAGUUUCCUAUCUUGCCAAUGUCUCCGAACCCUCCUGUGAAGUCUCCGCCAGCCAAUACAAGACUGCAGAAGUUUAAUCAGACUAUCUCGAAAUGCCAGAAGGACUUUAUGGAGAAUAAGGAGGAGUAUCAGAGGGACAGUGAGAAGAAGCCUCCGUACUCGUACAGUACGCUCAUCUGCAUGGCGAUGAGGUAUAACAACGACAAGAUGACGUUGUCGGCCAUUUACUCGUGGAUUCGUGACAACUUCAAGUACUACAGGAACGCCGAUCCGACGUGGCAGAACUCCAUACGCCACAAUCUGUCUCUGAACAAGGUAUUCGUCAAAGUGGCUCGUUCGAAACAUGAACCAGGGAAGGGAGGUUUCUGGAAGCUUGAUUUGGCACACCUGGAAGGCAAUAAGCGCAUAUCCAACCGCCCUCAUAAGAAGAAGAAGAGUGGAGCCAAGCCGGUAGAAGUAAAACUAUCUGAAGAAAAAAUCGCAGUAGCAAACAUACCUCAAAAUAUAAUAAUGGACAACACGGAUAUGGAGCAAGCCGUGACGCUUCACCUACCAGAAUUCAACCUUAAUGAUAUGGGAUUGGAUACUAAUAUCGGGGCAAAUGUGAUCGUGGAACCAGUAGUCCCUCCACCGCUGAUAGUGGAGGAUGACCUGUCGAAUCUCCUGCUGAAUCCUACUGACUGGGACGACCUGCAACUGGAUAUGCUGGACAACUAUCUGGACUCAUGUUUCAAGUAAGAUUUUUUCGUGUUGGAUCUUUAUAGGACUUGUGUAGUUGCCAUUAUGCGGGCCAUGAGGCGUGUAAUCGAUCCUUAGCAUUUAGGACUAAGUAAAGGACGUAAUGUAAAUAUACACCAGUAGAGCUAAAUGCGCAUCGUGAUAAAAUUUUGUCACAGUCAUUUUAUCGAUUCUGACGAUAUAAUUGUCGAUUGGUGCUAAUAUACCCAAAUAAGUCAUGUCCUUCUGUCAAAAUAUGAACAAAAUCACGUGACACGCAUGUUAGGGAAGAAAGCAAACUAUUGAAACAUUCAAAUAGAACAAAAUUUUUUGGUCGAUAAUUUUAUCACGUGGGCAAUGUUAGCUCUGCAGGAAACCGUCAUUGCCCUGUUCUGACAACGCGUGACUUAAUUGUAUUCGAAAAAUUCAUCGGGUUCGAAUCCCAAAAUUCGAAUUUAUGAGUUCGAAUUCAUGUUUGGAUCAUAGAUAAUUGAUAUCACGUGGUUUUCUUGUAGUGCCCGGUUAAUGGCAAUAGAGCUGGCGACGAGAGUAAUGUAUAGGUAGUAUGCUAUACACCUCUGCCUAGCUUCGAGGAUACAGGCAUGAUGCUUAAUAUUAUAUGUAUUAGCAAUAAUACGAAAAGGGUUUCUUUGUAAAUUAAUUUCAAGGAACAUUUUAUCACCCUUCUCUAUCUCGGCCGCUCGGAUUCGUAUCGGCAAUUAUAACAUGCGUUCGGGCGCGGUGCGUUUCGGUUCGAUGCUUUAAAAAAUGUAUUGUUCUUAUCGUACACAGAACCUGGAAAGCGGGACAAGUAACACCGAAACACGGGAUCAUAAUAACGAUUUGAUUCGAUUACGAUAAAAGUUAAGUGGUGCGGAGGACAGGAGUCCUAGUACGGCUUUGAAAUAGACUACUCUGGGCGCCAUCCCACUCGCGUCUGACAUAGUACUCCGGGGCGGAAGGCAAGAGGGAAACCACUGCCCUACGUUUCCCUAAAAAAGUGGCAUGGAGAAUGCUACAGCGCCAAGGGCGUGGCUCUUAAAUUAGUGAUGAUGACGAUAAAAGUUGUCAAUAUAGUAAAUGAGACAGCUCAUACCUUCUUGUUGCAUGGUUUGGGGCCUAAGGCUGGCCAAAACUGCAAGUCCGCUGCUGCGGAUUUAUACCUAAAAUCCCGGUACGUAAAAUCCUGACCUUGUUGUCCCGUAUUUCCGGCUCUGUAUGUAAGCGUUUAGUUACACGAUUGGUAAUUUGAAGAGUUUGGAAUUUAGAAAGAUUUUGAAAAAAUAUUUUUGUAGAUAUUCGUCGAAAUAGAAAACCCGAUAGUUUUUAGCUGAAUAAAAGGGCCUGAGCUACUUUUCUAGUAGGAAUUAGUCCUGAGAAAGAGGAGGGAUUUUUGUAUAAUGAAUCAAUGGGAUUAUGGUCAGUAGGGGAGUUUUAGUCUAGUCAGAAGGCUUACGCGAAAGAAUAGAUUUUAUACUGUAGAGUUUUAAGUUGUUAAUAUUGUGAACUUCGUCCAAUUAAUUAUGUUUGGAAGACAUAAUCAAUGUAGAUAGAUUGCACAGAUAUUUUGUAGUUGAAAUACUUAUUUAUUUACAUAAAAAAAUGAGAAUUGUGUAAAACACUUUUAAAGCCUACUUAUUGUCUCAAUUACGUAAUUUCUUUUGCUCAAAAACGGCUCACUAAAUAACCCUGUCCUUGCACUCGGGUAAAAAAUUAAAAACUUUUCGAAAGUUUAAAAGCGAUGUUUAAAUCAAAAUCAAUUUAAGUAAGUUAUUAAUAAAAAUAAAAUGUAAAAAUGAACGUGAUGAACCUUUACCGCUCAGUAUUAAAAUGUACAAUGUACUAUGUUAAUUACUUAGUAGAAUGUAUUUAAUGUGUUGUGUGGCAAUAUUUUAAGUAUUUACCAAAGGGUUAUCAGACACUCCGUCCAGUAUUAUUGAAUGCAGUUACUGCGUUUGGGUAAGCAUUGCUCAGCACAAAAUUAUUGUAUUUAUUAUUAAUAUUUAUUGAAAAUUUUAGUCUUAUUGUCAUAAGGAUAAUGACAAGAUUUGUGGACAUUUGGAACAACUUAUACAGUUUGCAUUUCUUACAUCGAUUUUAGCCGAUUGGGUACAUACAUUCUCUGAAUGCUGCUGAAGGCGUCUCGUACUUUUUGGACGAAUAUUUCUUAUUUUUAAAUAACUAUUUAUAAAGCGAUAUGGCUCACCACCUGUCACGUUGGUGUAAAGAAACCUCGGCGAGGCGUGGGUAGUUCAUCUUGAGAUGGAUGUACCUCUGACUACCCCAAUUGGGAUAUAGUCGUGAGCUUAUGUCAUGUUAUUUAUAAAGGGCAUUUCCUCUAAUUCACCAUAUGACUUGCAAUUUUGUAAAAACGAGACUAGUUUGCCCUCGGUUACUUUUCACACCGAAACUAAAAAUAGAGUUGUUUGACGGCGUAUACUUUAUUUAUUAAGUAUCCCAUUUAUUAAGUAUCAUAUAAUUAGUGCUAGAUUGUUUAAAACUAUAUUUAAAUGUAUACAAAUAUUGUCAUAAAUAUAUUUUUCAUAUUGCACAAUUUUCGAUAUAAUGUAGAGAAUUGGUGAACAUGUAAAAUUAGUAUUAAUUGUACCUAAUACCUAUUAGUGAUGAAUAGAUGUAUCUCUUCCGUCCAUGAGUGUCUUACGUCGUAAAACGCGAUUCAUACAAGUGAUACAUAUAUACGUGACACAUACACACAAGUGAUAUAUGUAUACUUACACGAGAUGUAUCUCGUGUAAGUAUGUAUCACACGAGUGAUAUAUAAUGUACCUACACGUGAUAUAUACAUACGUGAUACAUACUUACACGUGAUAUAUACUACGUGAUACAUACUUACACGAUACACACACACAAGUGAUAUAUAAUAUACGUACACGUGAUAUAUGUAUACAUACGUGAUACGUAUCCACAAGUAAUACAUACACACAAGUGAUACAUACCUACACAUGAUAUAUAUAUACUACGUGAUACAUACAUACACGUGUUAUAUACAUGUGGUACAUACACACAUACAUUCUCGCCUUAAACCCUUAUUUCGUUAGAAAGCAAGUUCGUGAAUUAUCGAACAAAUAUUUUGAGUAAUAUUGUACCUAACGAAGUAAAAUAAAAUAUCUAAGUUACUUCUUAAGCGAAAGUAGAACCUUGAACCUUAACACCUGGUUCAAUGGCAUUUUUCCUUUCAGCGUCAAAUAAGUGGAUUUCCACACUUCCAGUUUGAACAAUCGAUGUCUACAUUGAUUAAUACGUGCUUUAUAGGAGCAUUCUCCUAUUGCUUCUAUGCUGUUCUGGGAGCAUAUAAAAAACAUAGAACACGUUCAGCUGCUUCUCUUCCCGGGCAUGUCGUAAAAACCGACAGAGGGAUUGUGUCCUCUAACAUGAUGGACUAAUGUUAUGGGCGAUAGGCUGAUCCCUUAUCACCAUAAGGUUCAUCAUAUCCAUCUUUGGACUUCGUAUCAACAGUGGCUGCAAGUUGUCUUUGAUUACUUGUGGCUCUGCCCACCCCAUUAGGGAUUACGGGCGUGAGUUUAUGUAUGUAUGUAUGUUAUAGGAGCACACAUAGUUAGUUGACUUAAUACACACGCUAUCAUUGAGUUCAAGUAGGUAUAUGACCGAGUGUAUUUAAGCACAAAUUAAUAAAUAUGUCAGGGUCGAAGCAAAUGGAAUUCUCAUAGUCUGCUUUCCCCGUGUCUGCUCCAGUGGGAAAUAGGCGUGAGUUUAUGUAUCAUCAUCUCCCUACACAAACCGAGGUUUUGUGGGGUUUUUAUUGUACCCAUAUUUUCUGUAUUUCUUAUGAAAAAAUAAACAUUUUUACAAUUUUUUUUUUUUAGUAUUAGCCUGUUUUUUCACAGGGUCCGCUUAUCUAGACCUGAAGAGUUCGUGAGUUUAUGUAUGUACAGUCAUGAGCAAUAUCUUGUACCCACUUUAGAACCUUGUCGCACUAUCAUAUUUGACAUUUAAUAAGACUUACGGUUUAAUUUGCCAAAAACGUUAAUGUGGCAUGGUUUCAAAGUGUACAUAUUAAUACUCGUGACCGUUGUAAUAAAAUUAAAUAAUGUUUCAAUUUCAAUCAGUAAUGCUUUCUCCACACAGAACCGGUAAGCGUGAAAACCUGACCUGGGUGUCGGGUUUUGUUUGCGAUUUCAUACAAAACCUGGCGCUCGGGUCAUCCCGCUUUUGCGGCUCUGUGUGCACCAAGCUUAAGGAGAUACCAAAGUCAAAAAUUUCACACGACAGCUAGGCACACAACCACCACAUUUCUUGAUCAAUAUUAUUAAUCACUUAUAAUGUGUAGUCAUGAGUCAUGAGGAAUAUUAUGUACCGCCCACUUCAGAACCUUGUCGCAUUAACAUAUUUGUCAUUUAAUGAGAAUUACAGUUUAAUUUGUAAAAAAAUAAUGUGAUGUGGUAUUAAAGUGUAUGCAUAAAUAUAUUAUUAAUGCUCCUGGGUAAUUAUUAAGGCUCCAUUGCACAUGUACUUACCUAAUAAUGCAGAGUUAGCUAGUGUGAAUCGUAUUUUACGUUUGUUUAUCUUUGUACGUUUAGCGUCUAGUCAUUUUAAUGUUUUUAUGUUAGUGUUAGGAAACUAUUAGAUACGUGAAACGAAACAUUUAAAACAAUACUACAUUUUAUUUUUAGCAGUUUUCUAUAACAAUAGGAAAUAUCUGUAACUUGUAAUAAAUAACAAGAAAGGUUUUCUAUGGCACCAAUUAUUACAUACCUAAUAAUUAUGAUUUCAAUAAGUACUAGUACCGUAAAGUAUUUUUACUACUAUAGGAAUUAUUUAACAACAUAUAGGGUGUUAGUGACAUCGUAAAGAAAACUUUGAGGGAUUGUUCAUACUAUGAUUCUAAGUUGAUAUCAAGUAGAAUUUUCCGUCGCAAAACUAUGAGACUAAACAAUUAAAAAAAACACUAAAAUUUUCAUGAAUUUUCCGACAGGAAAAUCCACUUGAUAUCAACUCAGAAUCAUGGUCUGAAUCAUCCCCCUCAGUAUUCGUUAUGAUGUCAUUAACACCUGUAUAAGUAGGCAUGUAACAACCCAAAUGUAGGUACUUACAUUUUAUAAGAGCUAAGUGCGUUUUCACACUACUCCGAUUCUUAUCCGUUCCGAGUCCGUCAAAUGACGUAUCCGAAGUGAUCGUAGAACUAGGGAUCUAUUUGUAUGGUAGCUUGCGCCCUACAUCCAUCCGAUAUCUCAUAGUAAUUUCCUACUAUCCGUCAUUCUCGGAAUCGGAUGUAGUGUGAAAACGCACUUAGUGUUUUUUAAACGUAACAAUAACAAUUGAAAUACCUACUUUUACCAUACGAUAUGAGAGACGUUUCCAGAUAGGUAAAGAGGAGUGGAGCGGAAACGAAAUGAGCAGACAUAAUUAAGACUUCAUGAAAAAAUAAUCAAGCUUCUCUCUGCUCCGCUUAGCUUUAUUGAAAAUACGUACAGCGGAACGAAAAAUGGAACUAGCGCAAAAGCGGAGCGGAGAGGAUGUGAGAUAUUUAUUAUCAUGUAAGGAGGUACGGUCACGAGCAUUAAUAUGUAUACACUUUGGUACCAUGUCACAUUAACUUUUUUGACAAAUUGAACUGUAGGUCUCACUAAAUGUCAAAUAUGUUAGUGCGACAGAGUCCUCAAGUGGGUACAUUAUAUUGCUCAUGACUGUACCUACAAAAUAAGUUUGUUAGAUAAGCGUUAGCUAUCGGUCCUGCUCCAGGACAUAUUAAGAACAGACGUCUGUUCGGAUGUACGUUAUGUAGGCCACAUCGAAGCAAUUCAUCUAAAAAAUACAAUAUUGCAAUUUGACCUUUGCGCAUAUGAAAGUAAGUGCGCAAUGUCCAGAAAUGUCAAAUAGCAAAUAUUGCUGUAGUAGAUGUGUUGCUUUGAUGUGGUUUUUAACACCCUGUGUUCCACUGGUUUUUGGCAUUCAGGAAACCAAUUUCAAGGAAUGUUGUGUUUACCAUAUUAUUUACAUAAAGUUAAUAAUACCAUUUGCUAAUUUGUAUCUAUAUUUCAAGUAAUCAAUCUGUAUUAGCUCAAAUAGAGCUUUAAAAGAUCACAAUAAUAUUACAACUUUUGUAGUCAUAACAUGGAAUGGUUGUUUUAAACAUAAGGCUCAAAAUAUCCUAUCUACAUGCAAUAAAUAUUUCAUGUUUAGAAGUGUCCUUACUAUGUACUUUCAAUAAAGUGUUAGAAAAAUA